AUGUCGCCUGCUGCACUCCCCUCGCUCCCCCGCACCGCAGACCCGUCCGCGCUCUCCACUGACCUCCAAGCAAUGCUCUGUUGGGCGGCAACGCGCGGCAUCACCGACAGCUACACUGGCGGGAGAGAGGGGGAGAAUUCUUCCGCCUAUGCCGGCGAGUGCGGAGAGGGUAACGAAGCGCGCGUAUGUUUGGGGGCCACCCUGCGCGUGGCGCACUUCAGCGACGGCGGAGGGCGCGGGCUGGCAGCAGUGCGCGCGAUAGAGCCGGGGGAGGUGGUGCUGCACGUGCCACGGCACGCCAUGCUCUCAUGCGCCGACGUCAGGGCAUGCCCUGCCAUGGCGCCGUUGCUGCCUGCAUUCGCACACCUGUCGUCCCACCAGCUGCUCGUGUGCUACGUGCUGCUGCAGGCGUCACAGGGAGCGCGCUCGCCCUGGCAUGCAUACCUGCGCUGCCUGCCGCGCUGCUACUCACUGCUCUCGCGCUUCACCCCACACCACAUGGCCAUGCUGCAGGUGGCAGAGGCGGUGGCGGAGGCGCAGGCAGCAGUGGCGGCGGUGAGGGGUGAGUGGCGGGAGGCGAGGGCGCUGCUGCGAGCCAUGGCCGUGCCGGGCAAGUGGCUGUCGUGGCCCGCAUGGUCGUGGGGGCACUGCACGGUGUCAUCGCGCACGCUGUACGUGCCGUGGGACGAGGCGGGCGCGCUGUGCCCGGUGGCGGACCUCCUCAACUACGAACCGCUCUCCCCCACUGCUCCUGCUGCUGCUGCUGCUUCUCCCCCCGCACCACCCGCGCUGCCCCCUUCCCCGUCACCAUUGCCCGCUCAACCUUGUUGCUCUCACAUGCCUGGGGACGUGGAUGGCAGCACAGCACACACAGAUGCCAGCACAGCACACACAGAUGCCAGCACAGCACACACAGAUGACAGCACAGUAGGUGAAGCAGUAUCAGCUGGAGCAUGUGACCCAGAGUGCAUGCGGGAUGCAGCAGCACUCAGUGACUGCACCUCCGACAUGCACCGUGUGGCGUUGAGUGGCAACCACGCCACCACUGCACCGCCCACCUGUGCUCGCAUCACUGCCACCCAUCAUGCCGCCAUGCACGCCACUCCCCAUGCUGCAGCACUUGCCUCGGAUGCAGGCACAGACUCCUGUGAUCUUGUGACCCAAGCAUACAAUGGCGUGACACACGCCUGUGAUCGUGCGGCAGACGCCUGUGAUCGCGUGACAGAUGGUGGGUACAGCGAGGAGGCCCAGGCGUACCACAUAUUCGCACGCAGGCGAUUCGAGGCGGGCGAGCAGGUGGUGAUCUGCUACGGCUGCUACAGCAACCUGCACCUGCUGCUGCACUAUGGCUUCCUGCUGCCCUCCAAUCCGCACGACUGCAUCCCCAUGCACCCCCCCUGCGACCCCCACCAACUCGGCAUCCCCCUCCCUCCUCCUCCUCCCCCCUGCUCCUCCGCCGCUCACACCACUCCGCCCCCCUUGUGCCUGCAAGCGGACGGCACGCCGUCCUUCCUGCUGCUGGCGCUGCUGCGCGUGUGGACCACGCCCUACCGCCUGCGCAGGCGGGUGCGCCACGUGGCGCUGUCUGGUUCGGCGGUGUCAGAGGAGGGUGAGGUGGCGGUGCAGCGGUGGGUGGGUGGCGAGUGUGAGCGGCUGCUGGCGGCGCUGCCCAGCACGGUGCAGCAGGACGAGGCGCUGCUCUCAUGCCUCAGGGAAGGAGGGGGGAGCAAGGGGGAGGGCGCGCAAAGGACGAUGGAGGGUGCAGGAGUGGGAGGGAAGGGGUGUGCACGUGGUGCUGGUUCUGGCACUGAGGGAGUGGGGAUAGAGGAUAAAGAAGGCGGCUGUGAUGCGCAUGGGGAGGGGGUGAGGACAGCAGCGGAGGAGGAGGAGCAGCAGAAGGCGGUGCUGGCGGUGAUGUGGCGCGUGGGGUACAAGAGGUUGCUGCAGCGAGGCAUGGCAGUGGCACAGCGCGCCCUCCAUGCUGCCUUGCAGUGCUAG